CAGCUGGCACACCGCUCAGAAGGGAAAGUGAAGAAAAAAAAAUUGAUCUCAGCCUUUGGGAAGCAAAGCAAGCAAAGCACAGCAUUCAGCUCGAUUUGCACCAUCUUCUCUCCUCCUGAAUCCCGAUUCUAUCCCGACUAUCUGCAAUGUCGAACGAGCAGAACGUGCCCAAGUCCUGGGAACAGGCGUCUCAGGACGACUACAACCAGCUGCCGCAGCAGACAAGCAACCUCAACAUCAGCGCGCCACCAAACGGAGCUGCGGGCUACGACGGCCAGCAGCAGCAGCAGCAGCAGCAGCAGCCUUACUAUCAGUACAAUGCAAACAACUACUACAACUACAACGGCCAGUACGCCGCGCAGCCUCCCCAGGGCGGCUACUACCAGCAGCCCCAGCAGCCCCAGCAGCCGUACCAGCAGGGUGGCUACCAGGGUGGAUACAACCAACCCCGAUACCAAGGCCAGCAGUAUCAGAACAAUGGCGGCAGAUCCAACAACAACAGCACCAGCACCCCCAGUACCGGCGGCAACAACUGGCGGCAGGGCGCCUCUGGCCUGUCGGCCGCUGCUUCUGACUUUAGACCGAGCUUCGUGCCGCGGCAGGUUCAGCAGCAGGCGGCUGCUGCUGUCCCUACCGUGCCCCUGAGCCAACGGGCGACCACGAGCGCCAACGGCACAAAGGUCUUGAAGAUCGGCGGCGACAAGCCCAAGGUCACCGAGACUGCGGGUGGUGCCAAGGUGCUCACGAUUGGUGGCUCGUCUGAUCCCAAGCCUGAGCCGGCUGCUGCGAAGGAGGCUGCUCCGAAGGAGACCGUUGCGAAGGAGGCUGUGAAGGAGGCCGCUCCGAAGGCCGAGACUGCUGCUCCUGCUGCUGCUCCUGCCGAGGCCGCUCCCGCCAAAGAGGCCACUCCCAAGGCUGCUAAGGAAGCCAGCACAGAUAAGGAAGAGAAGGAGAAGGAUCUGCGCGCGAUCGAGGUUGUGGACGACUCGCACAAGAUCGACGACGAGACGAUUGAGGAUCUGUACGGCAAAGAGCAUCUGUCAAUCAUCUUCAUGGGCCACGUUGACGCGGGCAAGUCGACUAUGGGCGGCAACCUGCUGUUUUUGACCGGCACUGUUGACAAGCGUACGAUGGAGAAGUUUGAGAAGGAGGCCAAGGACGCUGGACGUGAGAGUUGGUACCUGUCGUGGGUGCUCGACUUGACCAAGGAAGAGCGAUCGAAGGGCAAGACUGUGGAGGUCGGCCGCGGAUACUUUGAGACCGAGAAGCGGCGAUAUACGAUUCUGGACGCACCCGGACACAAGACGUAUGUGCCGAGCAUGAUUGGAGGAGCGUCGCAGGCGGAUGUUGGUAUUCUGGUGAUCUCUGCGCGUAAGGGCGAGUACGAGACCGGAUUCGAGCGCGGUGGACAGACGCGAGAGCACGCGGUGCUGGCGAAGAACCAGGGCGUGAACAAGCUGAUUAUCGCGGUCAACAAGAUGGACGACCCGACGGUGGGGUGGUCGAAGGAGAGAUACGACGAGUGUACGGGCAAGCUGGCGGUGUACUUGCGAUCGCUUGGGUUCAAGCCGAAGGAGGACGUGAUUUUCAUGCCGGUGUCUGCGUACUCGGGCGCGAACCUGAAGGACCGGGUGUCGAAGGAGCAGUGCCCGUGGUACGACGGGCCGUCGCUUUUGGAGUACCUGGACAACAUGCCGAUGUCUGAGCGUAAGGUCAACGCGCCGUUUAUGAUGCCGAUUGGUUCAAAGUACAGAGAUUUGGGAACGAUGGUCGAGGGAAAGAUUGAGUCUGGACAUGCUAAGCGCGGCUCGCAGCUUUUGCUGAUGCCUAAUAAGGUGCCUGUUGAGGUGUUGACGAUCUACAACGAGACCGAGAACGAGGCGUCGACGGCAGUGUGCGGAGAGCAAGUGAAGCUUCGUUUGAAGGGCGUCGAAGAAGAAGACGUGCAGGUUGGAUUUGUGCUUUCGAGCGUGGACCACCCUGUGCACACUGUGACUGCGUUUGAGGCGCAGAUUGCAAUCAUCGAGCUCAAGUCGAUUCUGUCUGCCGGCUUCACGUGCGUGAUCCAUGUGCACACUGCGGUGGAGGAAGUGACGUUUGCGGCGCUGCUGCACAAGCUUGAGAAGGGCACGAACCGAAAGUCGCGCAAGCCGCCUGCGUUUGCGACGCGGGGCAUGAAGAUCAUUGCGCGGCUUGAGGUCGUGAGCACGACGGGAUUCUGUAUCGAGAAGUUUGAUGAUUACCCGCAGCUUGGACGGUUCACGCUGCGUGACCAGGGAAAUACGAUUGCGAUUGGAAAGGUUACCAAGUUGUUGAAUUAGGUGGGGAAGUGUAUGGGGUGGUUGUGAGAGUGGUGGAGGGGAGAAAAGGAGACAGACAGAAAGAUGGUUGCGAGGUUUAUAGUUUAAAUACGCAUCGAUUAUUUUCUUAUGUGUCAACGGUGUGGAUGUAUAUGCGAAUACAACAAUGAAUGUUUAUAAGA